UUUAGGAAGUAGUUUCAGCGAGAGGAACAACACUUAUGAGAGCAACUGUGCUUGCUGAAAAGCAGUGAAAUCACAGCUGAAUUACGAAAUAAUGCAAGAGAAGAAAGCAUCAGACUGAAUCACAACAUGCAUCUGAAGAUAUGGCGCUGUAUAUUUGUCCAGGAAAACACACACAAACCGAUGCACGCAUGCACACAGAGCACAUCUUUGUUGUGUUGUCCUGAAUGCUCAGCCUGUGGGGAAAGAGGACUCCCAGGAGAAAAAAACAAAACCAGAGAAACCACUUCACAAGAACCGAUGAGUGACAUAUAAAGCAAAAGAGGACAUUUAAAUCACUUUGUGUUCUCCUCCUUCAGCUCUAACUUUUAUAUGAUGGAGCAGCCUCUAAUGGGAAGAGACUUGGCCCGAGGCUGCUGCUCCUGCAGCACCCUGAAGACCUGGCUGCCGAUCCUCUCCUGGCUGCCCAGGUACAAGCUGAAAUGGCUUCAGAUGGAUGUGCUCGCAGGACUCACUGUCGGGCUGACAACUGUACCGCAGGCGCUGGCCUACGCCGAAGUAGCGGGCCUUCCUGUGCAGUAUGGGCUCUACUCUGCCUUCAUGGGGGGGUUCAUCUACACUCUCCUGGGGACCUCUAAGGAUGUGACGCUGGGUCCUACAGCCAUCAUGUCCCUCCUGUGUUUCUCCGUGGUGGGGGGGCAGCCCUGCCGAGCUGUGCUGCUCAGCCUCCUCUGUGGACUCAUCCAGGCUGUAAUGGCAUUACUGAGAUUAGGCUUCCUCUUGGACUUCAUCUCUUUCCCUGUAAUAAAAGGCUUCACUUGCGCUGCUGCAAUAACGAUCGGCUUUGGACAGGUCAAGAAUCUUCUUGGACUCGAAGGCAUCCCCCAUGAGUUCUUCCUGCAGGUUUACUACACCUUCUACAAGAUCCCAGAGGCCAGGAUAGGUGACGUGGUCCUGGGUCUGCUUUGUCUUGCUCUGCUGGUCAUGCUGAUGUUUAUGAAGACGAGUCUGGGCUCUGGCAACGCUCCCGCCUACUCCAGAGUCGCCAGGAAACUAGUGUGGGCUGUUGCUACCAUGCGUAACGCCCUGGUGGUCGUGGCUGCAUCCUUCGUUGCAUUUUCCUGGGAUGCUUACGGCCAUCACGUGUUCACAAUCACUGGGAAAACGUCCCAGGGGCUCCCACCAUUCAGGCCACCACCCACCUCAGACACCACAGCCAACGGGACCAUCGUCACGUUUGGAGAGAUUGUAGAGGACUUUGGAGGAGGGCUUGCUGUGAUCCCUUUCAUGGGUUUGUUGGAAAGCAUUGCUAUCGCGAAAGCUUUUGCCAGUCAGAACGACUACAGGAUCGAUGCCAACCAGGAGCUGUUGGCAAUUGGUGUGACUAACAUCCUGGGCUCGUUUGUGUCAGCCUACCCUGUCACUGGCAGCUUUGGGAGGACAGCAGUGAACUCCCAGACUGGUGUUUGCACUCCAGCGGGUGGGAUCGUCACCAGUGUGAUUGUGUUGCUUUCGUUGGCGUUCCUCAUGCCGGCCUUCUACUACAUCCCCAAAGCUUCUCUCGCUGCUGUUAUCAUCUGUGCUGUAGCUCCUAUGGUGGAUUACCAAGUCGUGGCAAAGAUGUGGAGGAUACGCAAGCUGGACUUGCUGCCUUUCUUUGUGACAUUCCUGAUGAGUUUCUGGGAGGUGCAGUACGGCAUCAUGGGAGGUGUAGCUGUAUCUGGAGUCCUGCUGCUGUACAACACAGCCAGACCCCAGAUAAAGGUGUCUGAUCACGGUGUAUUGCUGAUUGAAUUGGGCAGUGGACUCAGCUUUCCUGCCACAGAGUAUCUCAGCCACAUCAUUCACUCUCAGGCUCUGCAGGUGUCUCCUCCGCGGUCAGUGGUCCUAGAUUGCCAUCAUGUCAGCAUUAUAGAUUACACAGUGAUCAGUGAGCUGCGGGACCUGCUGAGGCAGUUCAAACUCCGAGAAGUGGGUCUGGUCUUUUCCAGAUUGCAGCCCUCUGUUCUUGAGGUUCUCCAAGCCGCUGAUCUGCAGGACUUCAGGUAUACAGACAGUGUGGAGGCAGCGCUGCUGCUGACAGAGUCAGGAAACCGCCUCAGUGACUGACACAGAAACUGCCCAUUCACAGUCUGGAGAGGAAGAAAUGACAAAAGCAAAAGCAAAAACAAUCUGAACUGAGAUAAUUGGGCUGUUAUGAUGUUGAUAAGUGAUAAACUACCUCCAACAACUGAUUAACUGGCUGUCAGGUGUUGUGAUGCGAUGUUGUGAAGUGAUGCCCCUCCUUCCCCGGUCAAAGGAAAGUGUUGCCUUGGACUUUGUAUCUGCUAAACUUGACUUUGGAAAUCAUUGAGGAAUCUCAACACUAGAUUACAGUUGCACAACAACAUCGGCCCAGAAGUCUAAUAUUAUGUUUUAUAGCAUUUUAUGUUUUGUUUUUUUCAAAGAGACAUUUUGCAGCAUUUUGUAUGAAUGAGGAGGUAUUUAGAGAAAUAAUAUUAAUGAUUCUAGGUGAACUGCCGGAGACGAAAUCUGUAUUUACAGAACACAAAGAGGGACAAUAUGUGUGUUAAUAAUCAACAGAGUAAACUCACCAGAUAUGAGUCAUUUUAUUUAUCUAUGUAAAAGGAAAUGUCCGAUGAUUGAUUACCCUAAUUUUUAUGUUGUAAAGAAAUGCUGCCAAGGUGGAGGCAAAAUGAUUUUAGUUUAGUCAACAUAAUGACACUAAUUUAUAUCAUUAUAUUAUUAAUCCAAAUCAUCACAUCCAUACAAGAUUUUUUACGGAAUAAAAAAUUUACAUUUU